GACUCCACUAGGCAAACCCAGCACCUCAGUCUCCCCCCAUUGUGUUCUCGUUGAUUGAACUCUAGUGUUUUCCUCUUGUGACUUUUAUUCCUAUGCUGCCUUUUUUUUUUUUUUUAAAUUAGGGUUUGGGGAAUAAGAAAUAAGAAUACUUAACCCACACUUGAGUUUACAAAGAUGGAAACUUCCAGAAAUCAUUGAGAAAUUUCUGCUGAUAAAGAUUUCUGGGAACCUGAUGUGAAAAAUGAGUUGAAAGCAGUGAAGUGCUGUGGCUCAAGGAUUAAUUUUAAAGCAGUCAGCAAUGGGUGACGACUCUGGUGGCAUUUACUGGAUUUUCUGGGAACUGAAUCUGAAAGAAAUAGCAAGGAAUCCUUGAAAAUGUCUCCAGAAUAGAUCACUUAUAUGACCAUAUUUUCUUCUGGUUUAAAAUUCUUAAGCAGCAUUUCAGAUAUUCAAGAAGCUGUUAUGUUCUGGUCAAGUCGUUUCCUAGGAUUCUAACUAUAGCCUUCAGACAGGUGUGAUGGGAUGCUACUUGUUCCUAGGCUCUGUGUUUCCAUUUCUGGAAGAUUAGCACUUGAGGACUAGGAAGGGAAGAGGGGGAAACAGGGAUCAAGAAAUGAAACAGGGCUUAUGCAAACGAUAGGGGAUCUGGGACAAAUUGGAUAAUUAGGAAGGUUUUGUCUCAUCAAGGCAAGCUGAUGAGAACAUCUUCAUCUUUUUUGAGCUUAGUUUAAAAUGUAUAACACUUCUGAUAAAAAAAAAAUUACCAAUUACGUAGUCUGCUUAGUUCUCAAAAUGAGAAUUUCUGUUUCCUAGAAGUUUAAUGAUGUCCCUAAAGAAAACAGUGUAAGGAAACUGGUUUUGAAGCUGAGUAAUGAGUAGGCAGUUGUGGCAAGGUAAGGCAGAUCACAAACAACUGCAAGUCUGUUUCCGGCCUCACCGAGCAGCCUGAGACCUGGCACCUGCAGCUUGCGGGCAGCGGUUUUCACCUCUUACAGCCUUUUGUGUACACCAGAGGGCAGAGCUGCUUGAUGUGAAUGGAAGGGAAGGGAAAUGGCUGGUUUUCCCAAGAGGCAGAUAUGUGCCUAAGCUUGGAAGAAAUCACCUUGGAAGGAAUGCUGAAGUGUGUGAUCUUUGCACUUCCACUUUUUAUAGUGAAUUGGAGGCCCAGGAGUCCCUGGACCUGCUGCUCGAGAUCUUUAAAAGUCUCCCUAAAGGAAAGUGAUGGGGGCUUGCUUAGUCCCCGCCUGUGGUACCUACCACUGGGAUGUAUGGUGGACCUUUAGGUAUGGGGCUCGCUGGGAGGCAGGUCGUUGGGGUCACGCUCUUGAAGGGCAUAGCAGGACCUGGCCCCUUUGCUUCUUGGCUGCCAUGGGACAAAGCCACGUGUUUCUGCUGUACCCACUACCAUGUUUUCUGCAAGCCUGGGCCGGAGGUCUGAAACAGUGGACUAGUAUAAAACUUCACACUUCAUAGCAGCGGACUCAUUUGGGACACUUAGACAACAGGAGUGGAAAGCUAACACACCAGCCAUCGUGCUAGUUGUGUUAUCACAGUUAUUCUUCCUGGUUACUACAGCCCUCUGGUUGGUCUGGAGUCCCUGCACACCAGCCGUCACCGUGGUAGCGCCUGCCUGCCUGCCUGCCUGCCUGCCUGCGGCAGGGUACUUAUACACAGGAGUAUACCAUAGCAGAAGUGCUGGGAAUGUGCUGGCAACUGACUCAGCCCAGCCACGUCCACCGAGUAAGGACUUCUGACUUCAAUUUCAUAAGAACCUCAUUAGUUACCAACUGAAUCAAGGCUUGGCGGUGUGUUGUUUUAAAGCAGAAGUUUCAGUAAUGCAUGUCUAAAACUCAUAGACAUUAUGGUGGAAUCUUGCAUUGCGUGGCUAAAUCAACACUAAAUAUAGACCACCAAUUAUGUGCUGGGUUUAUGGGCCUCGUGGGAGCACUUGUGAGCAGCAGGAAGAUCAAGAACCAACUGCAGAAUUGGUAGAAAGUUUGGCUGUCGUUGCUCCCGAAUAGUUGAAUUUCCCAGGACAAUGACUCAUUCCUCCCAGGAUGCUGGACCUCAUGGCAUCCAUGAAGAAGGGAAACUCUAUGUUGUGGAUUCCAUCAAUGACUUAAACAAACUCAAUCUCUGUCCGACAGAAUCGCAACAUCUAUUCUCUUUAGAGGAGAAAAUACCAAACACUGGGACAAACGCAGGAAAUGGAAACCGCUGUCUGUAUUUUGUGGGGCUGCUCCUGGUGCUGACGAUCAGCCUAGCUCUGGUGUUCUUCGCCAUCUUCCUAAUAAUUCAAACCGGAAACCAGAUGGACGACGUGUCGAGAAGACUGACAGCUGAGGGGAAGGACAUAGAUGAUCUUAAGAAAAUCAACAGCAUGAUUGUAAAGCGGCUCAACCAACUGGACUCGGAACAGAACUAAAGGGAUUUUUUCCCCCUCAAGAGUGGGCACGGAUACCUGGAGCUUCCCACUUGCCUCAAUGUCAAGGACUGAGCAAGUGGACUUCUUCAGACAGCAGAUCUGAUCUGUUACACCGGCUGGUUCAUCAUUCCCAAGGAUGGGAAUGGCUCCUAAUCAAGGCGUUUAGAGAUGGCAGCCAGGAAAGGGUGAACUUGGUUCAGGCUCAUUUUUGUUAACUGGUUGCUUCAGCUUUGGUGGGGUUAGGGUGGUGGGCAGUUUGCAUGGAGAAGAAUCGGUAGCAAGAGCUCUUUAAUGCAACUACUUAUAGAAACUGAGCUUGGUAUAGAAGACUUCCAGUGUUCUAGUGCGGUCUGUGAUGUCUCAGGCGCCUGUGCGGAUUCCUGCAUCGGCCUGCGGAGAACCAGGCAGUCCCUCUUUUCAGUAGCAUACAUUCUUCCGUUCGGGUGACACACUCUGACAACAGCUUUGCUGUUGUCUGCUGAUCGCUGGAGAAAACAUGGGUAGUGACGUGUGUGUGGUGACGCUGAGGGACAAAAGAGAAAGCCUAGACUGUUGUCUGAGCUCCUGCUUUGUGAAAAUCAUCGGACUCUAGAGACACUCACAUGCACACAUAGGAAAAGGCAAUCAUGUCUAUUUAUGUAUAAUUUAUAAGCCUGCUGGCUUUGUCAUGGAAAAAAAAAAACUCCUUGGCACCUUGCUCAUGACUUUGGAAGAAACUGGCUAGGUUUGUGGUCUUUGCUAAAUUAGAGUAGAAAAUUGUGCACUUGGAAGCUUUCUUGUUUUAGUACAUAAGAAUAAGGUAUGCUGUAUAUGACAAAAUGAGGCAAAAUAAGUGAGUUUGAAAGCAUGAGUUUUUAUUUAAUUAAAAUACACUGUUGUGAGUCAGUUGAAGAAGGUAUUGCAAUUUUUUUUUGUCAUUUUGGUUUAUUCAAAACAUUUGAGUUUACUUGAAAAUGAAGCAGAUGCAAAAACACAUUUUGAAUAAAAGUAGAUGAUGGAAUAAACAUGAAAAAUUA